UGUAUUUUUCACAUCCCUAACUAAAGUGAAGUAGUAAUAACAUUGCGAGAAAAGACGUGAAAAUUUUGACAAAAGUGUGAAAAACUGUGAAAUUAGUUUUUGAAACUAAAGUUAAUUUCGAGCCGUAGCGAGCGGACGGACUAAAGUGAUUGAAGUGAGAAUAAGCUACUGAAUAUCGUGUCCUGCUGCGCCUCCUGCACGCACACACUCGCACAGCCCUGCACACACACACAGAAGCACGCACACAGUUGCGCCUGUCGUCAUCUCGCUCGCUCUCCGAUUUUUUUUUCUGUCGCAGCUGCAACGCAAAUCCGAAAAAGGAUAAUCCCCACCGAUCUCGCGAGUCCUGUGGUUGCUCCUGGAGCGGAAAUACAGCCGCAAAGAUGAUGACCGUGGGAAACUCGAAGAUCUAGGGAGACCAAGUGCUUUUUGCGUCCAGUUUCGGGACUUCGACACGAAUAGCAUGUUCAGUCCUAUCAAAAAGAUAUUCACGUAUAUACAAAAAAAUGCGAGCGGCUCCAACAUGUUUAGCCCAUCAGGAAACACGACAGCCGGCCAAAGGGAGGAGGCUCCCAGCUUAAGUGCCCACGACGAAGGCGGUACAAAGGAACAGGACCAGGAUCCUGAGCAGGAGGACGAUCAGAGCGAUCAGGAACAGCAGCAGCAGCCGCUGCAUAUCCUGCCCCAAUUGAACGAUGACGAGGACGACAUCGAGAGGCAGAUCAAGACCUCCAUAAUCCAUGCGACCAAGAAGGUGCUUGUGGCCAAGGCCAAGGCCUUGGGCUCCUUACCUCUGCCCCUCGAGCAGCUAGACGAUGAGCUGGCGGACUUUGCCCACGGCCCGGCGGACACCGAACUGGAGGAACAGUUCCUCGAGCUGGAGAACUAUCCGAACAACGAGAUUAUCGUGCUCACCGAUGCGGAUCUCAACUCUUCCAUCGCCUCCGAUGCCGUGUCCGAGGAUCCGCUGGCAAUAGACAACAUAUUGGACUCCUCGUCGGUCACCACAAACGAGGAGGUCGACACCAGUGGUGAGCUGCUUUGGCUGAAGUUGAACAAUGAAACGGAAGUGGCGACAAGUUCAGCGGAUGUGACAUCCAACAACCAGGAAUCCCUGCAGCCCGCCAAACCGGUUAAAACGAAGGAGGAUGAGCUGAGAGACGGUGGAUCCGAUUCUGGAUUGGGCAGUGAGACGUCCGCAUUGCUUAAAGAUCAGGCGGAAAAGGAAACCGAGCCAGAAGUCCAGGAGAAGCAGGAAACCAAACCCAUCAGAUCCAAUCUCAAGCGCAGGCUGGAGGAUUCGGAAAGCGAUGCUAUAGAUCAGUUGCCCGACAUGUCGGCUCCGCCUUUGGUGGCCCAAAAGCGAACCAAGCGCUCCAUCAACUUUGACGAGGUGAAGGUGUUCUACUUUCCUCGGCAACAGGGCUUCAGUUGCGUGCCCACAGCUGGCGGAUGCACCUUGGGCAUGGGUGCCAGGCACAUAGCCUUCAAGACGAUGACCCUGGCCGAGCAUGCAGCGGAAUUGAGGCGGGCACAUCGCAGCCAGAACCAGGACCUCCAGCCUCGCGGCUCCAGCAGUGAUGACAGCGAGGAAUCCGAGGAGGAUUACCUAAGCGAGGGUAGUGGUUCCGAUGCGGAAGACGGUUCCAAUGGCUUCCUCCAGCCUGUGACUCCCAAGCAACGCAGAGCCCUGCUUAAAGCAGCGGGUGUGAGGAAGAUCGAUGCCAACGAGAAGAGCGAGUGCCGUGACAUCAGAAACUCGAGGGAGGUUUGCGGCUGCUCCUGCAGGGAGUUUUGCGAUCCGGAAACCUGUGCCUGCAGCCAGGCCGGUAUAAAAUGUCAAGUGGACCGAGCCAUGUUCCCUUGCGGAUGUACGCGCGAGGCUUGUGGCAACACAGUCGGCCGGGUCGAGUUCAAUCCCACAAGGGUGCGAACCCAUUACAUCCACACGGUGAUGCGCCUGGAUCUGGAGCAGCGGCAGGGCUCCGUGCAAGGGGUCGUCCAGGGAGGACAUCUCCAGCCGCAACAGCAGCAGCAAUCCCAGCCGACCAUCAGCUAUUCCCCAGUGGGAACGGCCGCAACAGCUGCGUACUUCCUGCAUACGCAAUCGAACUACAGUUCCGGUUAUGCUUCUCCAGCCUACACGCCCGAGAGCAGUGUAAGCUACUAUCAACAGCAGCAGGGAGUGCCCACGCCGGGUCAGGUGAUCCCCCCGCCGCAGCAGCAGGCGCAGGGCCAGACCUACCCGGGUUACGCCCAGUUGGACAGCCUGGAUUCGGGCCUCUUUGCCAGUGGCACCAAUGCCACGCCCUCGUACGGAGAGCUAUAUCAAUCGCUUAGCUACGGCAGCACUCAGAUCACUUCCUAUCCGACCGCCUACCAGCAGCAUUCGCCGUCACCCGCCGUCGUUGUCGCCUCCGGAUCAGCGAGCUCUUGCGCCUACAGCUCGUGUGCGGUGCCGUCGGUUCCGCCGUAUGGCAAUGCAACGACCACCGCCUCCAGCAAUGCUCCAUACCAGACCACCGCUGUCUCCAUGACCGCUGCCUCCACCUCCGCCUCGCCGUCACGGCUUGUUAGCACCCCAGUUGGUGCAGCAUCCUCGCCAGCCGCUGGCUCAACCACCGCUUCCCCGGCCAACGGCAAUGAAUUUAUCAGUUUGAGCACACCGAUCGCCAGUUCCACGCGCCUUUCUCAGAUCAACGAUCUGCUGCAGCACAACCGCAACACCACCGCCGCCUUGGUGGCCGUCUCCGAGGGAUUGAGCGGUGGAAGAGCCGCUUCCAGUGCGUCCACCAUCGACUCCAUCGAUACACCGCCCAUUGUGGAGGAGGGCCAGCAGCGGGGAUGCAUGAGCUUCGAGGCGUUGCCCCCGCCGCUUGUGAAUCCAGCGCCCAUUGUCGCCGUGGUGGAGAGCAAGCUGCCACCGAUGACCACGCUGGCCCUGCCAGCGCCCCAAGCUCCUCCAUCUGCCCCACAGCCACGCCAGCCGCUGGAACAGCAUCAUCCGGCCUUGAACGAGUCCACCUAGAGCAGGGAACGCGCCACCAAAUCCAAUUUGGGCUGGGUCGAUUUGCGGGGUUUUGGUAGAUUUUAAAUUAAAACGAUUCUCAGUGACCUUAUUUUGGAAGCUAUCAUUUUACCAACUAGAUUUGUACAUUAUUGUUUUAACAUGGGGAUUUGCUAAAAAAAGGAAAGCACUUUUAUUGGUAGGCCAGAUAAUUAUAACACAUAUGUGGGAAUUCCAAAAGAACCAAGUAAAUUCCUGCUUAUUACAAAUACUAGAUAAAUUGUAAUAUUUUUUAUUUGAACUACAUUGAUUUUUUUCGCUCAUUAUAAGUACACAAAUAUUUAUCUAUUUUGCUCAAGUUAAACUUGCUUGAUACCCUUUGAAAUUGUAUCUUCAGUUGCCGAGACAAUAUUCUUGAGAAUUGCACAAAGCACACAGGAGACCCACCCUUAAAUCGGAAUAGGAGCAGGCAUCGAGAGAGCUGGGAAUAGUUUUUAUAGCAAUUUUACACAGCAAAAGACUUCAUUACGUUUAAGGCGGCGACAGGCGUGGCUGGGAAAGGGGGCGAAGGGAUAAACAGGGGCAGGAAUCAAAAUGGACAGCGUUGGCGUCACUCCUUGAUUUCAGGAGACCUCUUCAGUAGCGGCGAGAGCCACCAAAUCGGGCUCGGACCGCCUUGUAUAAAUCAUUUUAUUGUUAAAUUCUAAUUAGUCUCUAAGUGAAUACUGUAAUUUAGUUACUUUGUUGCCUAAGUUAUGUUCCCUUCGCAAAUCCAAGUUAUCUUCUACACACUUUUUUUUCCUAUUGUGUAAUGUAAAACGAACAAAGUAUGGAAGGUUACUGUUUAACCUGGUUUUUUGCGUUGCUCCAAUGAAUUUAAUGAGCUGAGAGCCCCGAUAUCUUCCCCUAAAAUUCUGUGUCAAAUCUGAUUUAGCCCAGCUUAACUGAAAUCGAUCGUUAACCGAUUUUGUGUUUUGUAUUUUGCAUUUAGUUACGAAGCCAAUCUAAUUACCUAAUGAGUUGAAUGAGCCUUUUGUAGAAUUAUCCUCGAUUUAGCUGCGUUUAAGUAUUCAUUUAGCUCUUAAGUUUCCUCAUUUCUGACCUUUAGCGUACUAGCCUUAAUGAACCAACAACAACAAAUGGCAGCAACCAGAAAAAAAAGAAAAACAGACAAAAGCAUCCACAACAUGCAGUACGAUUUAGAAAUAUGUAUAUGCAACUUGAUAACGACAAAAGCGAAAAAAA